AUGGAUACUACCCUCAACACAUUUAAAAGGCCCCAGUCAAAAUUACAAGUUCCUUUACAACCAGCACAAUUAAAUCAAACUAGCAUUGAUCAUAAUCAUCAUACUUUAGCGAAACGACGUCUUUAUAAUUCAUUAAAUAAUCAAUUGUCUAGAUUACAACGAAAUAUGAAAAACUUGGAAGAAAAUGUAGAACUAACAACAAAUCAAUUAAAAAAUAUUCAAAGCUUUGGUUUAGCUCAUGGUGCUAU